CGGUAGCAGCGUGUCACACGUGGGCGGACGGGUAUUUAAAUAUUGCCGAUAGGCGGGUCUUGUUGGCGUUAUAUACUACUGCCUGUGUGGUUGGUCCGCUGCUGUCUGGGUUUGUGCUUCCUAGGGAGUGUGUGGUGAGCGAUGGAGGGUGCAAAGAGACAUCGCUCCAUGUAUAAGGGAACGACCCCUCCAUGGAAGGAGACCUACAGGAAGAGAUGUGUGGAACGACUGAAGGGUAAUCGCUCCAGACUACUGGAUAAAUUUCGUCAGGUCGGAGAGAGGAUGAAUGCUGGCAUUGGUGGCUCCUUCCUAGUGCAGGAAGUUAUGGAAGAGGAAUGGAAAGCUAUGCAAUCGGAUGAUGGCAGCCUGCCCUCUCUCUGGAAAAAGCAGACCUUCUCUCAGGCUUUAGGCAUGUUGCAGGAUUCUGAUGAGCUGGCAACACUGGAGGAUAUAAAACAAGAGCUUAUUUUAGAAGAACAAGCAAUGGUUGAAGAAAUUGAAAGCAUUCUGCAGUUUGAAGACGAGUGCUUGGAUUCUGUGGUUGGGCUAAAUUCUUUAAACCAGAUAGUUUGCCCUGUAUGUAAUCGGAAUAACUUGACUGUAACAAGUUGCUUUGUCUUAUGUCAGUGUGGAGUUUACAUAAACUGUAAGUCCCAAGGCAUGAGCAUUGAAAAGCUUCGGGAAUUACUUGAUGCACACCUGUCGGCCCACGCGUACAGCUGCUCUGAGCAUCCAGUGUUUUCAGUCGCUCUGGGUGCAGAGGGAGUGCCCUGUCUGUUCAUGAGUUGCUAUGGAUCGUACCCGCCUGCACAGAAGGAAUAUGCCGAGUAUAGCCAGGCGUGUGAUGCAAUGUCUGUGAUCUUCUAGACUGAAGCUGAUGUGGAUUUCGGAAUUUGAGGACAUAAUUGGCUCCGAAGUUUUUAUUUUAUUUUUUUAAUGUCUGUACAGUUUAAAUGUAGAUAUUCUUUAAAUAAAACUUUUGGUACUAAAA